AUGGCCGGCCAACUUGGAUACGGUGAACUGAUCCGCAAGCAGUUCACCGCCCAAAAGCUCUUUUUUCACUUUCUGUUCUGGACAUUUCAUUUUGGCAUUUUUGCUUAUGGAUGGUACAAACAGGCUGCCGAUCCGAGACUGGCGGGUCUGAACACACUCAAGUACUCAGUAUGGAUCUCACGAGGUGCCGGUCUGGUGCUCAGCGUCGACUGCAUGCUCAUCCUGCUGCCCGUCUGCCGAACUAUUAUGCGCUGGAUUCGACCCAAGAUUCGCUUCCUGCCCCUCGAUGAGAAUCUGUGGAUGCAUCGCCAGCUUGCCUACUCGAUGCUGUUCUUCGCCAUCUGCCACACGUCUGCCCACUAUGUCAACUUCUACAACGUCGAGAAGAACCAGAUCCGCCCCGUCACCGCCCUGCAGAUUCACUACGUGCAGCCCGGCGGCAUCACUGGCCACGUUAUGCUCCUCUGCAUGCUGCUCAUGUAUACCACUGCUCAUGCCCGAAUCCGUCAGCAAUCCUUCGAGACCUUCUGGUACACGCAUCAUUUGUUCAUCCCCUUCUUCCUCGCGCUCUACACCCAUACCGUUGGUUGCUUCGUCCGCGAUACAGCCGACGGCUUCUCGCCAUUCGCCGGUGAGCAGUACUGGUCGCACUGCAUUGGUUAUCUCGGAUGGCGUUGGGAGCUUUUCACCGGAGGCUUCUACUUGAUUGAGCGUCUGUAUCGCGAGGUUCGUGCCCGCCGCGAGACCAGAAUCACUCGUGUCAUCCGCCACCCCUAUGACGUUGUCGAGAUCCAGUUCAACAAACCUUCCUUCAAGUACAAGGCCGGCCAGUGGUUGUUCCUCCAGGUGCCCUCCAUCUCAAAGUACCAGUGGCACCCUUUCACCAUCACGUCGUGCCCUUUUGACCCCUAUGUCUCCGUCCACGUCCGUCAGGUUGGUGACUUCACCAAGCAGCUGGGUGACGCUCUUGGUGCUGGUGCCGCUCAAGCCAAGUUUUACGACGGCGUCGACCCCAUGGGUAUGUACGAGGUCGCUCUGCAAAACGGCCAGCAGAUGCCUGCUCUGCGCAUCGACGGCCCCUACGGAGCUCCGGCCGAAGACGUGUUUGAGAACGAAAUUGCCGUCCUCAUCGGAACUGGUAUCGGCGUCACUCCCUGGGCGUCUAUCCUGAAGAACAUCUGGCAUCUCCGCAACUCUCCCAACCCUCCUACUCGUCUUCGCCGUGUUGAGUUUAUCUGGGUGUGCAAGGAUACUGGCUCUUUUGAAUGGUUCCAGACGCUUCUGUCUUCUCUGGAGGAACAGUCCAACGAAGCUGCUCGUGUCCCUGGCAGCUCCGGCGUUGAAUUCCUCAAGAUCCACACCUAUCUUACCCAGAGGCUGGAUAUGGACACUGCCCAGAACAUUGUGCUGAACAGUGUCGGUGCCGAUAUGGAUCCCCUUACUGAGCUCAAGUCACGGACCCAGUUCGGCCGACCCAACUUCUCCCGCCUGUUCAGGACUAUGCGUGAUGGAAUCCUCGACAGGACAUAUCUCGGCGGUUUGGAGGGAAGCACGAAGACGACUGUUGGUGUCUACUUCUGCGGCCCUUCUGUUGCAGCUCGUGACAUUAAGACUGCUUGCAAGGCUGCUACGGCACGCGAAGUCGAGUUCCGCUUCUGGAAGGAGCACUUUUAA